CGCCAUUCGCCUGGCUCCGGAGUGCCGGAGAGUCGGGGGAGUGGGGAAAGACAAGGGCGGUCUCUUGCUGAAGGAGACGGAGAGAGCGAGGGAGAGAGAUGGAAGAUCCAUUCAUCGACAAACCAAGCAGCAGCAGCGAAAGAAGUGGAUUCCGGCGGAUGUUUCCGCCGCGACGGUCAGAUGCCAUCGCCCACGGAACGACUUACGAGAAGGCUGCUGCGCUCGUCGAUCUCGCUGAAGAUGGUAUUGGUUUGCCUGUUGAAGUGUUAGACGAGCAUAAUUUUGACAGGACGGCAAGAUUGUACUUGAUGAUUAAUAAGAUCAAUUUUCUCUGGUCCCUUAAUCUUUUUGCACUGAUUGUGCUUAAUUUCCUAGAGAUGCCAUUGUGGUGCUCCAGAGGCACAUCAAACGUCUGCAAUGACAGAACAAAAUAUUACCUUGGGGAGCUCCCUUACCUGACCCCCGCCCAAUCCCUUUUUUUCGAGGGUUCGACUCUGUUCAUACUCAUUCUGCAGGUGUUCCUCCCGCUUGUCUAUAUGGGAACACAUCUUUUCUGGAAGAAUGACGUGAACAAAUUAAAGGUCGUUUUUCUUUUCAUUUUGAUUGCUGAUUUAGUGGUUGAUGUACUCUAUGUGACCCCUGGACCUGUUAUGUCAUUGCCAUUAAGAAUUGCUCCAUACGCUCGUGUUAUCAUUGUUAUACUGAAUGUUAGGGAACUACGAGCAUGUAUGCUUACGUUGGCCGGAAUGAUCAGUGUCUUCCUUGAUAUUGUGGCACUCUGGAUUUUGUUUCUGCUAAUUUGUAGCUGGUUAGCAUAUGUCAUAUUUGAAGAUACUAGUCAAGGGAAGAUAUUCAAAUCUUAUGGUGCCACUUUAUAUCAAAUGUUUGUUCUGUUUACAACAUCCAACAAUCCCGAUGUGUGGAUUCCUGCAUACAAGACAUCACGUUGGUAUUCUCUUUUCUUUGUCCUUUAUGUGUUGCUGGGAGUAUAUUUUGUGACAAACCUUAUUCUUGCCGUAGUCUACGACAGCUUCAAAGAUCAGCUUGCCAAACAAGUAGCUCAGACGGAUACCAUGCAGAAACACAAUUUAAGUUUAGCCUUUAAGCUAAUUGAUGAUCAAAAGCGUGGUUUCAUUGAUAAAGAUCAGUGCAUUCAUCUAUUAGAGGAGUUAACGAAGUACAGGACCUUGCCACGGAUCUCAAGGGAGGAUUUUGAAUAUAUUUUUUAUGAGUUGGACGACAGUGGUGAUUUCAAGAUUAAUUUGGAUGAAUUUUACGAUCUCUGCCUUGCAAUAUCCCUACAGUUUCAGAAGGAGGCUUCGCCUUCCUGGUUCGAGAAAUAUCCUUCAUUUUAUCACUCUGCUUUGUGCAAAUACUUGAAAGGAUUUGUGAGGAGCUCAAUAUUUGGAUACAUAAUCUUUUCCAUAUUAGCACUUAAUUUGGUCACUGUUAUCAUUGAAACAACGUUGGAUAUUGAAAACAAUUCUUCUCAAAAAUUUUGGCAAAAGGUUGAAUUUUUCUUUGGUUGGAUAUAUGUUCUGGAGAUGGCUCUGAAGGUGUUUUCAUAUGGCUUUGAUAAUUAUUGGAGGGAAGGCCCAAAUCGUUUUGAUUUUGUGAUCACAUGGGUAAUAGUUAUUGGCGAAACAAUUUCAUUUACAGCACCUCAUGGGCUUGAUUUUCUUUCAAAUGGUGAAUGGAUCCGUUACCUUCUUAUUGCAAGGAUGCUGCGCUUAACUAGACUAUUGAUGCAUGUGCACCGCUACAGGGCAUUUGUGGCUACAUUUUUUACUCUUAUUCCGAGCCUGAUGCCAUACCUUGGAACCGUCUUUUGUGUACUGUGUAUUUAUUGCUCUCUUGGGUUGCAGCUCUUUGGCGGCCUUGUCUAUUCAGGGAACCCUAAACUGGAGAGCACAGACCUUUGGGAUGAUGACUAUCUACUUUUCAAUUUCAAUGAUUAUCCAAAUGGAAUGGUGACACUAUUCAAUCUGCUUGUUAUGGGCAAUUGGCAAGUAUGGAUGCAGAGCUACGUGGAAUUGACUGGAACAUCAUGGGCAAUAGUCUUCUUUGCAAGUUUUUACGUCAUUACAGUCCUGAUGCUGUUAAAUCUGAUUGUGGCAUUCGUGUUGGAGGCCUUUUUUGCUGAAAUGGAGCUGGAGAGUACACAAGAUGAAAAUAGAAAGGAUCGAAGGAGUUCCUUUGUGCCACAAUUGCGUGUUAGUUCAAAAAGGAGCGGCAGAGUACAUAUUUUGCUCCAUCAUAUGCUAAGUGCUGAGUUAGAAAAAAAUAAUGGAUGUUAGUCAUAGUUUCUCCUGGUUUCCCUUCUAUAUAUACUUGUUGAUGCAAGUGCGAGUAUCCUGAUCUGUGUGACCUAUAUUAGUUUUCUUUUUUUCUCUUCUUGCUUGAUUGCUGUUUCUAUCAAUUAUAUGUGUUCUUGUACAGUGUACCUGCAAAGUCAUUAGAAUGAUAGAUGUGAUUAUACCUUCGUUCCC